UCAAGAUUUCCACUAAUUUCAAAUAAUGACAUAGAAGAACUGAAGUCGGUGGCUGAAAACAAGAACACUAAACGCUCAACAAAACAGUGGAUGAACGUGUUUGAAAGCUGGUGUACAUCCCGCCAUCUUGACAACAUCGUCAUCGAAAAAAUGGCACCAGAAGAACUAGACAAGGUYCUCGUUAAGUUUUAUGCCGAGGUGAAGAAAAGGGAYGGAGAAGACUACGAGCCAGAAUCUCUCCGUGUAAUGCAAAGUUYAAUUGAACGCCAUUUAAAGGAUAAAGGUUAUCCUCUGAGCAUCGUGCGAGCGAGGGAGUUUCAAAGCUCACAAGGAAUCCUCAACGCGAAGGCAAUUUUUCUGCGUGAACAAGGGAAGGGAAAAAGGCCUAACAAAUCUCAGCCUUUGGCACCAGAAGAAGAGUCAGCUCUAUGGGAAAAAGGUCAGUUGGCUGACUUCAAUGCCAAAGUCCUGACAAACGUCAACUUUAAGAAUUUGACAGAGCAACUUGGUUUACGAGGCCGCCAGAGGCACUACGACUCUUACGUCGAGGACAUGAUUAUAAGACAACAAGAAGAUGGCAGUGAAGUCGUAGAAUUUCGUGAAAGUCCCACUAAAACACGAAGUGGUGGUCUAAGAAUCAGACGAAGAACCACACCGCAGGUUAUGUACAGCACUGACGGCGGAGAAAAAGAUCCUGUACGACUCUUCAAGCUGUGGUUGUCUAAGCAACCCGAAGGGAUGAAGGACAAAGGACCAAUCUAUCGUAGCAUAAUAAAUCGUCCUAAAUCAGCAGAUGUGUGGUACAAUAAAAUCCGAAUGGGACAAAACACCAUCGGCACUAUCAUGAAGUCCAUGGSCUCCUGCCUGACGACAAAUAAAAGGUUGACGAACCACAGUAUGAGGAAGACUCUGGUGUCGAAAUUGAAGAAAUCUAGUCAACCGCGUAAUAUUAUCUGCGAAAUAACAGGCCAUGCUCGCGAAUCUUCGCUGGAUGACUACGAUGAAAUAGACGAGAAUUAAAGGAAAGACCUGUCUCACAUCAUCAGUGGAUAUAAAGCUGAAGUCCCCAACCAAAAGAGUGAAGGAGAAAUAUCCAAUCAAGAGGUCAAUCAAGAGGUGAAUUCAUCGAAUUCAGCAAUUGUGCAACGAACACCACUGGCGUCUAUCAACAACGCGGUCGUGCGA